AUGACGGAGAGUGGACUGCGAGUCCGGAGCCAAAAGGAAUUUGUAGUAGGCCUUCCAUUGGUAUUUGCAUUUCUGGUGAUCAAAUUCAGGAGGAGGCAUUUGUCCAUGUAUGAUGCGAUUGAAGGCUUUUUGCAAACACAAAACAAUUUCAUGCCAAUCAGAUAUAACUACACCCACAUAAAGAGAAUGACCAGAGGGUUCAAAGAGAAAUUAGGUAAGGGAGGUUACGGCAGUGUAUACAAAGGAAAGCUUCAAAGUGGAAGAGAUGUAGCAGUGAAAAUCUACCAUCGGAAGGAUUCAUCAUGUCAACGUGGUUGGCCACACAACAUUCUUUUGGAUGAGAAUUUCAUUCCAAAGAUUUCUGACUUUGGGCUUGCAAAGUUAUAUCCAACAGAUAAUAGCAUUGUGACUCUCACAGCUGCUCGCGGAACGAUUGGAUACGUAGCUCCAGAGUUGAUCAACAGAAGCAUUGGAGCAAUCUCUUACAAAGCUGAUGUGUACAGCUUUGGAAUGCUGCUAAUGGAAAUGCUGGACUUGAAGAGACAUGAAGUUGCAAAUGAAGAGAAUUCCAGCCAAUAUUUUCCUUAUUAUAUUUACGAUAAGUUCAACAAGGGGAAGGAGAUCCUGGUGGAUGAAGAAGCAAAGGAUGAUGAAAAGAAGAUGGCUAGAAAGCUGAGUUUAGUUGCAUUAUGGUGCAUUCAGAUGAAUCCAAUACAACGCCCUUCAAUGAGUAGACUAUUAGAAAUGCUUGAAAGUGAAGUUGAAGUGCUAGAAGUACCUCCUCAGCCUCUUCAAUCUCAAUCGAUAGUUCAUCAGAUGAUGGGAAGUUCUAUGACAUUUUUGUCUGAUUCAAUGGCUUUGUUAGAAAAUUCUGUUGUUAAUGCCGUUGAAGUAGACAUUUGUUCUCAUUAG